ACGAACAAUCUAUUCAUUAAUUGGGAAAAAUAAUAAUUAAAAUAAAAAUGGAUGGAAACUUCGAUCAGGACAACUUUACUCAGUUCCUCCGGGAAGGCGUCGAUUAUGAAAUUGUCGAUGUCGAUGAUACUUUGAUAUCAGAACAACUUUUUGAUACGGAACAUCAGACUCAGCCAAAACGAAAGAAACCCCAAAUUGUGGAGCUAGCUGAGCUUCCUCGUACUCCCGAUCAAAAAAAGUAUCGUUUCAAAGGAGUUUUCAUAGCGAGGAAUUUUAAAGGGCAGAAGCACGGUGAAAACGUAGGAGAACUUCUCAUUACAGCAGAUUCUACAGAUGAGGUCGUGAAGCAGACUUGGGAUUUUACUUCUAAAUUCCUGCAACGUGAGGUAUUCUUCAGAUAUCCGCAAUCUACAGCUUCCUCCUCAACUGACCUAGAACUGUGUGUGAAGGAAUCAGAACCUAGUUUCGAAGACUUCGAUAAAUUUGUGUUGUUCAGUGAUAAGAUUUCGAAGCGAUAUUACACUCCAUCUUCUUUGACAUCGAAUAUGCUGCACAGCUGGUAUAAUAAGGAUGUGAAUAUUUUUAUUUAUCGAUAUUCAGUGGCAGUUACCUCAUCCCAACAAUGGGACAAAGUAAAGGCCAAGCAGCUGAAACCGUCGAAUCCGGACCGAUCAGGAGCACCUUCAAAUGUGAAUCUUUUUGAAACAGUCGCCGAGUUGAAAGAAGCCCAUAGAGAACACUAUGUUUCCGAUGACAUAAACUGGUCAAUUUGGGCCACCUAUAUUCUUAAGCAACCGGAGCAUCUUCGAACCCGUCUUAUUGCCAGUGGACCACCUGAUACCAUGGUUCGGUUGUUUCGACCUGUUCCGAUUCACCCAGAUUCUAUUUUGGUAAAAACUAAACAGGAGUUGAAAGUAGCCAGGAAUGUGGUUGACUUUUUCGACGAUGAGCUGAAAGAUCUUCGUACAUGUACCGACAGCUUAAAAACUCUUACUCAACAAAUUGAUGGAAGAAUUUGGGCGAUGGAGAAAAAAGUUUCCGAGUAUCGAAAGCUAUUAAAUUCUGUGUCUGAGGCUGUGUCACCUGAGGAAUCCUCAUUUUCGAAAUCAGUCGCAGAAGAAAUAACAGACUGUGUUGAUGUAGAUCACAAUUAAUAUUUUUAUAUCCUGUAUCGUUUUAUUCUCUUUCAAAACUUGACCAACAUUUCUUGACAAUAUCAAUAAAAUAAAAA